ACAUUUCAGUUCUCUGUCUGCCCUGCAUGGUGUUUCAGUGAGCCCGUAUAUACGAACAACAUAUUUACCACUCAAGUGUUUGCAUAAAUUAAAGUACAAAGAAAUCAGAAGUUACUCUGUGCUGACUAUUUUGUUCCGACACCAGAUUCGAAUUGACGCGACCCCACAGAUGGGGAUUUGGACUUGUGGUUUUGACGUAAUUCUCUGUGCAGGCCAAUGAUUAUGAUGCGAUUCUGAUCUAACUAUCAAUGAAUAUGCUGUGCCACUGGCCUGAGACGAAUGAAGUUCAAUAUCUAGCCUAGAUGUAGCCCUUUUAGGCUCAAGUUAACUAGCUAGCUAACUUCGUUUUUUUUAUUUUUGCACAUGCAAGGAAGUUAGGCUAGCAAGUAUUUUAGCUAGGUAGCCUAGGACAACAAAAUCUAAAAGUGUACUUACUGUUUGACAGAGCCAUGGACCGUUUCGCCAACAUAAAAGAGAGGAGGAUGGCAUUGGCGUUCAACUAGUCUACAAGUAGGGAUGGAGGCAGAGAGAGACACAAUGGCAGCCUGUCACAUCACAUCCUCAUUAACAUCUGGAGCAGAACAGAGAACAACCCAGUUUACACUGUCCACCACGGCCUGAGACACAUGAGCACUGGUCUGAGAGAGAACGAGAGAACGAGAGAGAGAGAGAGAGAGAGAGAGAGAGAGAGAGAGAGAGAGACCUUGGGGGUCAAAGGGAGGAGAGAUCACAGUGGCAGAAAUGGGCUCAGAGAAAAAUAAAGAAGAUAUUUUUGCUUUCGAACUAUCCCACUAACGGAAAACGGUCAUGUUUGACUGAACAACCCUCAAAGGUGAUCAGUCACCGCUGUUUUGAAGAGAAAAAUAAAUCCUCAUCUCAUCAACUGCUGCAGGGACAGGGAGGGUGACUUGCUUCAUUAUGAACUGUGCUGCUAUUUUGAUACUAACCGCAAGUUGUUUCAGUUGGACGUCUGCUAUUUAUCUCCCAAACAGACAAGAAACAAAGAAACUGAAGUAUCUGCUUGAGCCUCCUGUUGAUGCCGAAGUAACCAGCCCUCGGGGAGGAAAUGCCACUUUGCCAUGUGUACUGCGAUUCAAACCAAGCCAUUACAAGGUGAAAUGGACAAAACUGGAACCACUUCGUCGUGGAAGCGAGAACAUUGUCAUGAUCACAAACGGUUCAGCCCACAAACCCUAUGGCCUGCUUGGGCCACGGGCCUCGCUUCGUAAGGCUCAUGCCAUGGAUGCCUCACUACGACUCAGCAACCUGGAACUAGAAGACGAUGGUAGAUAUCGCUGUGAGCUGAUCAACGGUAUCGAGGAUGAGAGCGUCAUCAUUACAUUGAGGAUAGAAGGGAUGGUAUUUCCAUAUCAGAGCAAAAAUGGCCGUUACAAAUUCACCUACAAGGAAGCUAAGGAGGCCUGUGCUGAACAGGAUGGCACAUUGGCCACAUUCAAGCAGCUAUACAGAGCCUGGACAGAGGGUCUGGAUUGGUGCAACGCGGGAUGGCUCAUCGAUGGGACAGUCCACUACCCCAUCCUGCACCCACGAGAAGCAUGUGGGGGGGAGCUGCUACCUGGCAUUCGCAGCUAUGGCCCCCGGGACAGGAUCCGGGACCACUUUGAUGCCUUCUGUUUCACCUCUAGAACCACAGGCUUUGUGUUCUUCGUUGGAGAGCCACUCACAUUUGGGGAGGCAAUGCAGGCGUGUAGGGGUGAGGGAGCAGAGUUAGCUCUGGUUGGACAGCUCUAUUCGGCCUGGCGUUUCCUGAGCUAUGACCGCUGUGAUGGAGGUUGGUUGAAGGAUGGCAGUGUGCGUUUCCCUAUCACCACCCCUAGAGGGCGCUGUGGCGGUAUUCACGAGGCUGGGGUGCGCACCUUUGGUUACCCCAACAAGACCCUGCGUCUCUAUGGUGCCUACUGCUACAGGUAGCUUUCAUGAGCCCCAUAGCGUGUGGUGCCUACUUCCACUGACUUCAUAGAUCCAAGAUGCAGAACCAUUGUGAAGACUACCAGUGACUCCUACAGGUUUCAGUACGCAGGGCUUGCAGAUACAGGUGGUCAAAAGGCUAGGAACUGGUUCCUCAACAACGGCAAAAAGAUACAAGUAGCACUGCGCUUUUCUGCAAUACUACAAUAUGUUAUUACAGGAAACCUCAAAGGCUUCAUGCCUUUUUCCAUGGGACACAUCAACAAAAGCCUGCCACUUUUAUGAGCUUGACUGCUACAGGUAACAACUGCUGUACAUGUUUCCUGCAUUUGUGUAACAUUCGUUUUGUGAACUUUGUUAUCCAAGAAGCACUAUUCUAGUGUAACAGGAUAGUUAUUACACAAUGACAAAUUCCUAAAAUGCUGCUGUUAGCUUCUUAGCUGAUGUAAGAGGGUGUGUAAAUAGCAGAAUGGGAGAAAGUAUACACACUGAGCAUAACUGUAAUACAAUAAAAUAUCUUGAAAGUGUA